AUGGAGCUGCUGUCCCGAGUCCUGCUCUGGAAACUCAUGCUUUUACAGGGUGAGUGUGUUCUCAGUUCUGGCCCCCCAGGGCUGACGACUGCCGGCAGCUCCGUGGUGUCCGAGGCGGCGGUGAACUGGGCAGCGGGCGCCGGUGCCGUGCUGCGCUGCCAGAGCCCACGCAUGGUGUGGACUCAGGACCGGCUGCACGACCGCCAACGCGUGGUCCACUGGGACCUGAGCGGCAGCGGCCGCAGUUCCGCGCGCCGGCUUGUGGACAUGUACUCCGCCGGCGAGCAGCGCGUUUACGAGCCUCGCGACCGUGGCCGCCUCCUCCUGUCGCCCUCUGCCUUCCACGACGGCAAUUUCUCGCUGCUCAUCCGCGCGGUGGAGGAGACGGACGAGGGGCUGUACACCUGUAACCUGCACCACCAUUACUGCCACCUCUACGAGAGCCUGGCCAUCCGCCUAGAGGUCACCGAAGACCCCCUAGUCGCGGGCGCGCGUUGGGACGGCGAGAAGGAGGUGCUGGCGGUGGAGCGCGGCGCGCCGGCGCUGCUGACCUGCGUGAACCGGGCGCACGUGUGGACAGAUAGGCACCUGGAAGAGGCGCAGCAGGUGGUGCAUUGGGACCGACAGCCGCCCGGGGUGCCGCACGACCGCGCCGACCGCCUUCUUGACCUGUACGCGUCAGGAGAGCGCCGCGCCUACGGGCCGCCCUUCCUGCGCGACCGGAUAACCGUGGGGACGGACGCCUUUGCGCGUGGAGACUUCUCGCUGCGCAUUGACCCGCUGGAGCCGGCCGACGAGGGCACCUACUCCUGCCACCUGCACCACCACUACUGCGGCUUGCAUGAGCGCCGCGUUUUCCACCUGAAGGUCACCGAGCCCGCGGUGGAGCCGCAACCCCGGGACUCCCCUGGCAACGGGUCCAGCCACAGCGGCGCCCCAGGACCAGAUCCCACACUGUCUCGAGGUCGAAGUGUCAUCAAUGUCAUCGUCCCCGAGAGCCGUGCCCACUUCUUUCAGCAGCUGGGCUAUGUGUUGGCCACCCUGCUGCUCUUCAUCCUGCUGCUCAUCACCGUCGUCCUGGCUACCCGUAAGCGCCGCCACGGAGGGUACCAGUACUCUGAGAAGUCAAGGAAGUCAAAGGGGAAGGAUGUAAACAUGGCAGAGUUGACUGUGGUCUCAGGGGACCAGGCUCUUUACAAGGGUGAGGACUUCCAACUAGAUUACAAAAACAACAUUUUGAAAGAGAGGGCUGAGCUGACCCACAGUCCCCCGCCUGCCAAGAACAUUGACCUGGACAAAGAGUUCAGGAAGGAGUACUGCAAAUGA